CAGCAGCAUUGUGGGGGGUUCUCCACAAUAUCUCUACCCAUCAGUUACCUCUCCCAGCAGUAGCCAAUGGCACACUAGAUCCACGGCAGGGAUUUCUCUAGAGCAGCAGGGAGGGUCAGAAAUGGGGGAUAUAAAGAUGCCCUUAAAAAGGAUUCAAGGUUCUGGUAGCUUAGCAACUGUGCCAGGGAGCACCAUGCCUGAGGCUAAGAAGAAAACAGCUGGCAAGAAGGAGCUGGAGUUGAGGUUACCACAGCCCUCCUGCCACCAGAUUCCUCGUGAAGUGUUCCCACUUCUCCCAUCUGUGUGGAGGAAAAGUACCCUGCAGCAUGGCAUUGACCAGCUGUGGGUAGUGGAGCAGCCUGGGCUGGCUUGCCAAAGGCAGCUGUCUGCAUACCAGAUUAAGGCCAAAAGGAAGAAGUCCAUGGCAGACAGGAACAAGUCUGACUUCCUCCUCUCAAAAUUCCUAAAGUCCAUCCACAGUUUAUUCCCAGCAAAGAUUAGGUGGAAGGAUGACGAUCCAGAGGUCAAGAUACUGAAGAUGCAGAGGAUAAAGGAGCUCACGGAGAGCUUGGCAUCUUCUGUGGAACAAGAGCAAAUCUACGCUGCUCAGGCCUUGGGCUGCCUUGGGGUCACGGAUGAGCUUGUCCUGACUGCACUUCGUAACGCUCUACAGGUGUGCAGGAGUCUGCCGGUGCGAUGUGAAGUCUCUAGGACCCUAGUUUUACUGGGUUGCCUGGAUGCGGCUGUGGUGAGGGAGCUGCUCAGACAACUGAAGAAGGGAAGCCCGGCCCAGAGAGAGGACGCCCUCGCCGCGCUGGAGGUGGCUUUGCACAGGAGGGCGAUGGCCCCUGAAUCCCAGAGUGUGGGGGGCUCCCAGGCCAGGCUCGUCAGGGCCCUAGAGCAGCUGGCAGCCUCACAGGACCCGACAGAUGACUCAGUCCUGUCUGCAGCCACCUGCCUUGUGUUCCUGGAUGCAUCCAGUCCCACCGCCCGGGAGGUGCUGCUCAAGUGCCUGGCCCAGCAGGACAUGAAGAAGAAAAUGCAUGUGCGGAUCCUGCCUGAGCACUGUGCUUUGAACAUACUGGUGAAGCACAUGGUGGUAGUCAAUGCCGAUAUCAUCCAAGCCCUUAUAGAUCAGCUGCGCCAUUCGCCAGUGUACAAGCAUCGUGCCGAUGCUGCCAAUCUGCUGAGCUCUAUGGGGCUGGAGCGGAUCCAACAGGAAGGCUUGGAAAAGGAGGUGUUCCAGCUGCUGGUGGAAAAGCUGCACCGGGAGCCAUUUCUGGUAGUGAGACAGACAGUGGCAAUGGCUUCAGGAGCCCUGCAGAUGAAGGAGCAAAUCUGGGAUCUUGUGGAGAAGCAGCUGAAGGAGAAGAGCGAGAUAAGCCGAAAACAGGCGGCGGCUUCCUUGGGUGUCCUUGGUCUUCGCAAUAAGCACAUGUUCUUCUCCCUGCUGGAAACGCUGGAGCUGGACAGCAGUCCGGCCGUGCGCAUACAGGCCAUUCGGGCGUUUUGCACCCUGGGAAUGAACAACACGUAUGUGCUGAAGACUCUGAGGCUCAAGGAACAGACAGAUGAGGCUAUCGCCAGCGAAUGUGUGAAAGCCUUGAAGAUCCUCCAGAAGCUCCCCAGUGCCAGAAGGGGCCUGGAACUUCAGCUCUCUCAGUUCUUUUGAGGCCUUGCUGUCGGGGGGUUGCCUGCUGCUGUCUGGGGGCUCUGAGGGAGUAACUGAUGUGAAGAGAACACUGGGGAUUUAAAACAGGCUCUGUAGCCUGCGGUUCUUCGGGA